CUAGUCAAUUUGCUUUCUUUGAUUUCAAAGAAAUGAAACCCUUCUAAAUGUUCCUUCGAACCUAAGGAGAUUGGCAAGUUAUAUUCCCACAGCCAACGUUAAAGAGCCUUCUUUUGUCCAAGAUAACGCAAAAAGGUUGAAAGAAAGAAAUCCUUCAGUGCGCGCAAGGGUUUCUGUAAACAACUAAAAUCUGCUAAAUUUAGGGUGCAAAAGCCUUUGCCUUUCCAGCCGCAGCCAUGGUUUGCAUUCGCCAAGCCACCAUAGACGACCUGCUUGCAAUGCAAACGUGUAAUCUGAUGUGUCUCCCCGAGAAUUACCAGAUGAAGUAUUAUUUCUACCACAUUCUUUCGUGGCCUCAGCUUCUCUAUGUAGCCGAGGAUUACAACAAGAAAAUAGUGGGCUAUGUGCUGGCGAAGAUGGAAGAGGAGUCCACUGAAUGUCACGGGCACAUAACUUCUCUGGCCGUUCUUCGCACUCACCGAAAGCUGGGGCUCGCGACGAAGCUAAUGAGUGCUGCCCAGAGGGCUAUGCACGAGGUGUUUGGGGCAGAGUAUGUUUCUCUUCAUGUUCGCAAGAGCAACCGUGCGGCAUUUCACCUGUAUACGGAGACUUUGGGGUAUAAAAUUAAUGAUGUGGAGGCUAAAUACUAUGCGGAUGGUGAAGAUGCAUAUGACAUGCGCAAGCAGUUGAAGACCAAGGAAGAUGCCAGGCAUCAGCAUUGCGGAGGGUGCUGUGGUGGCAGCGAAGGCGAGGGGAAGGCAAUGACUAGUGCAGCGGCGAGUGGGGAUAAAAAGGGAAAAGAAGGAAGCUAGUUGUGCUAAGUUGGUUGUGUAGUCAUUUUAGUUCACCAGGUAUCGUGGGCACUGCUUGAUUGCUGAAUUUUCGCUUUUGCGGAUACUUGGGCAGCAAUUGCUAAUAGCAAGAUCUUAUUGUUUAAGUGCAGUUUGUGAAGUGCUGUUUUAGACUUAAAUUUUGUUUUUGUGCCUUUGAAAUGUAAUGGUGUAGGAGCAAUCUAAUUGAAUUGGUAAGAUGUUUAUAAUCUGCAAUUUAGAAUGUAACUUGGCAUUCACAAAAUUGUUUUUAAACAGAGAUGUAGGUUGUGUUCAAGAGGUUGAGUUGUAUUUGCUUGAACAGACAUUGAUGGUGUAGUCUAGUAUUUAGUAGAGGGGAAUUUGUCGAUGAAUCUCAUCUCUUGAAAUUUUUUAAAUGCCUUUAUUUA